UUUACUAUCGAUCCCUCCAUGACCCUGCGUGCCUCUGCCCAAUCUCCCCUCAAUCCUGGUCAAUUAAGCUCUAACAGGAAAAACCUCAGCUUCGCUACUCAAAAUGGAAGCAUCAGUGCAGAGAUCUGGCUACUGGGCCCUAGGGCGAAUAGUAACACCCAGCCAAAACAGGCUACCCUAAGUUUAGAAUCGCUGAACGGCUCUAUACGGACAUGGAUCGAUAAUGUUAAUGGUCGAGUACCCGUCCAAGUAGACGCGCGCACACAGAAUGGAAAUAUCACCCUUCAUAUACCUCGCUCUUUUCAUGGUUACAUCUUCGCAUCAGCACCUAAUGGUGACUUUUCACUCUCCACCGCUAUAAACGCACACGCCACAGUGCUCGGGCACUCUCACAGGGAGCAGCGAUACUUUGUAGGAGAUAUGUCAUCAGUGGACGAGGAAAGAUGGACUAGUGACGAGCUGAAUGUUCAUUCGAACAAUGGCAGAAUCAAGAUUGGCUAUGUCGACGAAAAUAACUUUGUAAACAACGCUAGCCCUCGCUCCAACACCUACACUUACAGUACUACUACUGGAGGCAACAGCGGUGGCACUCCUCUGCGCCGGAAUACUUUCGGUGGACGUGGUUUCUUCUCCAACAGUACCAAUACUGUCUUCAGUGGUCAAUAUAACGUCGUUGUGGGUAACCAGGUCAACAUCAACAAUCACAGCAUUAACUCUUCCAAUCAUACCACGUAUGAUCGUAGCAAUGCCAACACAAGGAAUAAUGUCAGAGGGACGCGAACAUCCACAUAUUCGACGCCAGGUAGCUUCAAUGCCCGUUUUCCCAAUGUCAAUGUCAACGUCUCUUCGGAUGACGUAAAUGAGGCCCAGGACGUUAAUGUUUCACUGCCGGGGUUUUCAUAUUUUAGCCGGUUCUUUGGCCUUGGGUAAUGAUGUAGCAGAUGGAAUAAAUACUGAAAUUGGUUGAUGUAUGCUAUGAUACUUUUACUUGUACCCUCCUCCGAACACCAUUGUACUAUUAGGCAGUCUUGCAACUUGCAAUGAAUCAAUCGCUAGGGCGAAAUUAUUU